CUGCCCUCCACCCGCCGUCGAGAUGUUGCGCUGCGGCCUGGCCUGCGAGCGCUGCCGCUGGAUCCUGCCGCUGCUGCUGCUCUGCGCCAUCGUGUUCGACAUCAUCGCGCUGACCGGCCGCGGCUGGCUGCAGUCGAACACGCACGUGCAGACGGCCUAGCUGUGGUGGAAAUGCGCGGACGAGCAGGGCGGCACGGGGUCCGCCGCCGAGGGCUGCGAGAGCCUCAUGGACUACGCGUGGGGGCGAGCGGCGGUGGCCAUGCUGUUCUGCGGCUUCAUCAUCCUGAUCAUCUGCUUCAUCCUCUCCUUCGCCCUCUGCGGACCCCAGAUGCUGGUCUUCCUGAGAGUGAUCGGAGGCCUCCUUGCCCUGGCAGCUGUCUUCCAGAUCAUCUCCCUGGUCAUCUACCCUGUCAAGUACACCCAGACCUUCAACCUUCACGCCAGCCCUGCGGUCACUUACAUCUAUAACUGGGCCUAUGGCUUCGGCUGGGCAGCCACAAUUAUCCUGAUUGGCUGCGCCUUCUUCUGCUGCCUGCCCAACUACGAAGACGACCUGCUGGGUAAUGCCAAGCCCAGGUACUUCUACACCUCUGCCUGAGGCGGAAGGAGCGUGACAGGCUCGAGCCGAGGGCCGGGAGGAGGGGACCUGCAGGCCGCUGGCAUCUGUUUUAGCAGCGUUCGGAAGCCCCAGGCCUCUGGGACGCUCUUUCGGCAGUGUUCAUCGGGUUAAACUGGUUGGAAACGCUAAAGUAGUCUGGGAGAAAAUAUUCCUUAAAUUGUGUUAUAGUUUCAGAUUCCUCUAUAUUUUGUGGAAUUUACAAAAAGACACUUCUUUUUUGGUAGUUGCUUACAAAAUGCCAAUAUUUUUCCUAUGUCUGUUGAUAGCCUUUAUACCGCAUUUAUAAAAGAACAUGAACUUGAAAGGUAGAAAGAUGAAGGCUUCCAGGACGUAGCAAUCUGAUGCAGUUUGUGGUUUUUUCCCCUCAGAUAGAAAGGAUGUUUCUAUUAAGGGUUAAGGAGAAGAGGGAACUAUUGGUAAAAAU